ACGACUUCGAGGAAAGAAUACGCCGACGAAAGUGGGAAUAACGGCACAACUGAUAGAUGGCUUGACGAUCACUUUGGCUCCAGUGAUGAGAGUGAUAUCGUUGAGACGUCCAAAACCAGAACCGGAAAGAACGUGAUCAAUGUUAGCCGAACUGGAAGGACAUCGACACCCAUUUCGGCCAUUUCUGGUGAUUAUCAUUCGGUCGACAGAAGGAAUCGACUCCAACAGCGGUCAUCCAAAUCGGGACAGCGAUACACAUCGACCGCAAACUAUUACGCGAAAGACUCGAGAAGUCCGUCGCCGACCGACUACUAUAGGCCCUCUUCUCGAGCCUCUCGUAUUAAAGAAGACGCUUCAGUUCAGGCCUCGCUUUCUGAUGACGAGGAAAGAUCCAAUGACUUCAAAGGCAGGACUCAAAAGAUAUCGUUUGAAAAGCAGGACAGAAGCCGAAGGACUGACUCGAGAGCCGAUUCGCGAUCAGAAACUCCGAGUCGACCCGAGAGGACCUUUUAUUUUGGUGAUGAUAGCCAUCAGCGCAGAGAACAUCGAAGCGAUAAACAGAUUAUCGAAGAAUAUCUUAAUAAACAAAAGUAUUCGACAGAAGAAACUCAUCGAAAAAGUGAUUACAAUAAUAAUGAAGACUCGAGAGGAUAUGUGACGGCAAACAUUCACUCCAAUAGCAAAUCCACUCUAAAUAAUCGAGUUUUAGAUGAAUCCAAAUUUGAUGACAACUUUGAGAGGAGUUUUAAGGGAGACAAAGAGAGGGAUGACGUCGAGCACAAUCUGAACCGAUUCAUGGAUUGGGACAAUCACUAUAAGAGCAUUAAAUCAACUGAAGAGAAGCCUUAUUGGGAAUCGACUGAACCUAAAAGCUUGAAUUCCAGUGAAUAUAUUCAUCCCGUAAUUCAAGACGACUUCUAUUCGUCGAAAAGGGAUCCGUUGUCGAGACAACGAAACUUUGAUUCAUAUGUCUCACCGCCGCCGCUGUAUUCGGACACUGACUACAAAUACAGGCCGUCGACGAGCCCUCCGACCUCUUCGGGCGACACGUGGACUAAGUAUAAGACCAGAACCCGAUCGCCACUAUUCCGGUCGUCGUCGCCGACCGACAACUUUCCAAAGUUUAGUCCGCUUUCCACUAAUGCGCUCCAAAUCAAGAGUUUUACCGACUCUUACGCUAACGGAAGAAAUCAUUCAUCAAAUUAAUCACUUUUUCAUUAAAUCUAAUUUUAAAUUACUGUCAGAAACUAAGAAUCACUUUACAAUUGGAGAGCGAAUUGUAACUUAAUUUUACUAAAUUAAUUAAUUAUAAAAUUUAUUUAAAAAUGUUUAGCAAAUUCCUAACUAAAACUGGUUUUAAAUAAUAUUUUAUUAAUAUUUGUCGAAAUUGUGCCAAAAAUUUAUCUUAAAAUUUGUUAACAAAUAUUAAUAACGGGACAAAAGGCUUAUAAUUUGGAGUCAAUUA